CCUUUACCUGUUGGUACUUGCUUUAGUGAAUUAUCCGUCUGUAUUUUCUCCCUACAGGAUAGUUACUAAUGCUUUUAACUCACUGGGGGAAAAAAUCUGAUGUACAUUUAUUUAAUUCAUGCUGCGGAUUUAAGGACAUGAUCACAGUGCAUGGCAUGGAUUUACAUUCCUGUUUGUAGUAAAGUCGCGAGUUUCACCUGGAAGUUUCACCUGCAGGUUCCUUAAACAUUCGCCUUCAUUGCCACAUAGCAGUGAAGAGUCCUGGGCAAGAUUGCUGAACAGGAAGUGUUUGUAUCUCAGCAUGGGGAGUAAAGAUCGAUAUCACUGGCAAACCCAAAAUGUGAAGGUCAGCGGGGUGGACGACAUGGUCCUACUCGCCAAAAUCAGCGAGGAAGCCAUCACAGACAACCUCAAGAAAAGAUAUACGGAUGAUUUCAUUUUUACAUACAUUGGCCCUGUGCUGAUCUCUAUAAACCCUUUUAAACAGUUGCCAUAUUUUACUGAUCGUGAAGUGGAGCUGUAUCAGGGAGCUGCACAGUAUGAGAAUCCACCACAUAUUUAUGCUUUGGCUGACAACAUGUAUCGCAACAUGAUGAUUGAUGGGGAGAACCAGUGUGUCAUCAUCAGCGGAGAGAGUGGAGCAGGAAAGACAGUAGCAGCCAAGUACAUCAUGAGUUACAUCUCCAAAGUUUCAGGCGGUGGACCUAAAGUUCAACAUGUCAAAGACAUCAUCCUUCAGUCUAACCCUCUGCUAGAAGCGUUUGGGAAUGCCAAGACAGUGCGUAAUAACAACUCCAGUCGCUUUGGAAAAUACUUUGAGAUCCAGUUUAGCCGAGGGGGAGAGCCUGAUGGCGGAAAAAUCUCUAACUUCCUGUUGGAGAAGUCCAGGGUUGUGUCUCAAAACCACGGGGAAAGAAAUUUUCAUAUUUAUUACCAGCUUUUGACAGGGGCUUCCAAAGAGCAGAGGGAAAAUUUGGGUGUCACUUCUCCUGACUACUACUUUUACAUGAACCAGUCUGGUACCUACACUGUGGAUGACAUCAAUGACAAGAAGGAUUUCUCUGACACUAUGGAGGCCAUGUCAGUUAUAGGUUUGUCUUUGGACGAGCAAGAUGCUGUGUUGCAGAUUGUGGCAGGGAUUCUUCAUUUGGGCAAUAUUAAUUUCAGAGAAGACGGCAACUACGCAAUGGUGGAGAGUGAAGAUUUUCUUGCUUUCCCAUCCUAUCUUUUGGGGAUAUCUCAGGAUGGCUUGAAGAAGAAACUGACUAGUCGUAUCAUGGACAGUAAAUGGGGAGGCAAGACUGAGAGCAUUUCUGUCACUCUGAACACAGAGCAGGCCUGUUUUUCACGCGAUGCUUUGUCAAAAGCACUCUAUACCCGACUUUUUGACUUCCUCGUUGAUUCAAUAAACAAAGCCAUGCAAAAGGACCACGAGGAAUUCAAUAUUGGUGUUCUGGAUAUUUACGGCUUUGAAAUCUUCCAGCAAAAUGGAUUCGAGCAGUUCUGCAUAAACUUUGUGAAUGAGAAGCUUCAGCAGAUUUUCAUUGAGCUCACUCUGAAGGCUGAGCAGGAGGAGUAUGUACAAGAAGGAAUCAAAUGGACCCCAAUUGACUACUUUAACAAUAAAAUCGUAUGCGAUUUAAUUGAGUCCAAAGUGAAUCCUUUGGGGAUCAUGAGCAUUCUGGAUGAUGUCUGCGCUACCAUGCAUGCCAAGGGUGAGGGUGCAGACCAAACUCUGAUUCAGAAGUUGCAGACGCAGAUCAGCUCUCACGAACACUUUAACAGCUGGAACAAGGGUUUCAUAGUGCAUCACUAUGCAGGCAAGGUAUCAUACAAUGUGAGUGGCUUUUGUGAGAGGAACAGAGAUGUGCUCUUCAAUGACAUCAUCGAGUUAAUGCAAAGUAGUGAAUUCGCCUUUAUACAAGACCUUUUCCCAGAAAAUCUUGAGGCUGAGAAAAAGGGUCGACCCACCACUGCGGGCGCCAAGAUCAAGAAACAGGCCAAUAACUUGGUGCAUACACUGAUGAAGUGCACUCCCCAUUACAUUCGCUGCAUCAAACCCAACGAGACCAAGAAACCACGUGACUGGGAGGAGAGCAGAGUGAAGCACCAAGUAGAGUAUCUGGGUCUGAGGGAAAAUAUCCGUGUACGGAGAGCUGGCUAUGCCUUCCGCCGUGCUUUCAAGAAGUUCUUACAGAGAUACGCAAUUCUGACUAAGGAGACAUAUCCACAGUGGCGUGGCGAUGAAAAACAGGGUGUCCUGCACCUUCUGAGGUCAGUCAACAUGGAGCCAGACCAGUACCAACUGGGCAAGAGCAAGAUAUUCAUUAAGGCCCCAGAAUCACUAUUUCUUCUGGAAGAGAUGAGGGAGAGAAAGUAUAAUGGAUUUGCUCGGGUCAUCCAGCAAGCCUGGCGUAAGCAUAUAGCAGUUCGCAAAUAUGUCCGGAUGCGAGAGGAAGCAUCUGACAUCCUGUUAAAUAAAAAGGAGCGGCGGAAAAACAGUUUGAACCGGAACUUUGUGGGUGACUACAUUGGCACAGACAGUCGCCCUGAGAUCCGGCAAUUUGUCGGUCGGAGGGAAAGGAUUGAAUUUGCUGAUGUGGUGGUGAAAUAUGAUCGCAGAUUUAAGACUGUCAAGCGUGAUCUGAUCUUGACAUCCAAGUUCCUCUACUUGAUUGGUCGGGAAAAAGUAAAGCAAGGCCCAGAAAAGGGACAGAUUCGAGAGGUGCUCAAGAGGCAGAUUGAGCUGGCGAAAAUUCAGUCUGUUUCUCUGAGCACCCUGCAGGAUGACUUCUUCAUUGUGCACGAGGAGCAAUAUGAUAGUGUGAUGGAGUCUGUCUUUAAAACAGAGUUUUUAAGUCUUCUCUACAAACGUUACGAGGAAAGGACUAAGAAGAAGUUACCACUGAAGUUCAACAACCUACUUGAAUUUAAAGUAAAAAAAGGUGGUUGGGGGCCAUUUGCAUCUGCUGGCUCUCGGCAGGUCCAGUUUCAGGUGGGCCAGGGAGAUAACGUUGUGCUCAAACCAAGUAACAAGACACUAAUUGUGAGUGUUGGACCAGGUCUUCCCAAGAACUCAAGGCCCACUCGUCUGGACAAGCGAAAGAGCAAAUACAUACGAAAUCAGAACCCAGGGAGAUACUCAAAUGAGCACUCAUCACGCACUAAUCAAGGAGGGGCAAACCGGAGCCGUCAGACCAACUCCAGAGCAUCCCUGCUGCGCCAGCAGUCCACUAUGGAUCAGCCCACGCUUCCCCGUUACCAUGGUCCUCGGGCCAAACAGAAUCAGACCCUGAGCAACAAUGAUCUGGGAUUCAUGAAAGUUCCUGACCAGGGAGUAGCAGGUCUUCAUCGGCGAAUGUCAAAAGAGGUUAAGCCUGUUCCUGGUGCAGGGGUUCAAAAGCCUGCACCAAGACCCAAACCUCGCACCCCACAGUGCCGUGCUCUGUAUGCAUAUGAUGCCCAGGACACUGAUGAACUCAGCUUUAACGCUAAUGACGUUAUAGAUAUCUUAAAUGAAGACCCAUCAGGUUGGUGGUACGGUCGUCUAAGGGGAAGAGAAGGCAUGUUUCCUGGGAACUACGUUGAGAAGCUUUAGAUCCAGACCCUAGCCUUUGAGAAUUAUUUUUGAGCAUCCAUAGAUCAAGCCCAAGUACACAACUAAUUAGGAGAUAGUAUGAUGAAAAUAAUAUAUACACAAUAGACCUGAGACUCUUCAUAUACAUAUCAGAGACAAAGUAAUCAAAUGGAUAAUUUUAUCCUUAUCUUCAUGACCGUGUUUUAGACAGGACAUUUAAAUGUAUUUUAAUAGCUUUUUUUAACAGUCAUAAGAUGUAUUUUUACACAGUUUUAGCCUAGGGACAUAUAUGUGUAGUCAUUAUGUUUUAAAAUCAUAAACUGUUUUUAUAAAUGUUUUUAUAUCUGACAAACGUGUCAUCUGGAUGUACACACAAAAUGAAAAACAAAUAAAUAUAUAUAAGAACAAAAAAA